UUAACUUGAUGUUUGCCAUGCAGAACAGCGCUCUCUAUCGACGUCCAACGGGUCAUCUUUCUUUUGGUAACUUUAAGCAUGAUGCCUUAUACUACCUGUGGGAAGAAAAACUUACAUCUUCCAUGGUAAAAGAUCAUUUUGUCUGCGCUUUCCAUUGUGUCGAUGAGCCAAAGUGUUAUUCGUUUAACGUAGCAGAGAGUCCUGACUCUAAUGGUCUUUAUCUUUGUGAGUUGUUGGUCACUGACAAGUACAGAGCAACAGGAAAGUUCUUUGCAAAUAAUACAUUCCAUCAUUUCAGUCCUUUGUCUCCAUGUGAAAGCGUUCCUUGUAAGAACGGUGGUGUCUGUGUUCCUGAAUAUGUAUCGAACUCCUAUCGCUGUGACUGCAAGCCCGGAUUCUGCGGAACUCACUGCAAACGUGGAGGAGACAAAACCUGCAGUAAGAUCAAACUUUGUAAUCUCCCAAGUGGCUCUUACGUCAUCGACCCUGAUAGAGAAGGAGGGGUAAGACCUUUCAAAGUCUACUGUGACAUGACUGACAAGAAAGGCAUUGGAGUGACAGUUGUCAGUCACGACAGUGAAAAUAGGAUGCGGGUGUAUGGGUUUAGGGGAAGAGGUAGCUAUUCUCGUUCCAUCAACUACACGGAAGCCGAUAUGGCCCAGCUGGCGAAGCUAACAGCUUCAUCAGCUCAUUGCGAGCAGUUUAUAAAGUACGAGUGUUUAGGCUCUAGGCUCCUCUUCAAUGGUGAUAUGUACGGCUGGUGGGUGUCACGUGAUGGAGAGAAGAUGAAGUACUGGGGAGGAGUUGAUUCCGUUGAUUACAAAUGUGCAUGCGGCUUGAAUAAUACGUGCGCAGACACUAACUAUGGAUGCAACUGUGACAUAGAAGGCAACACAUGGAGAGAGGACAGCGGCUUCCUUACAAACAAAUCCAAACUCCCCGUGAAACAAGUGAGGUUUGGAGAUGCCCUUUACUAUGGUGAUAAAGGAUACCACACACUUGGAAAGCUCAGGUGUUUUGGACUCAUUUGAAACUCAUUUCUUUGAAAAGUGCACAGUAACUGUCUAGGCGCUAUUUGUAGACUCGGUUGAUUCUGUAAUCCAACAGGCUGCCUGUAAAUUUGCUUUUUGCAGUUCGUUUUUAACGAACGAAAUCGAUCAACCAAUUCAAAAUAAAGAG